UUUACGUAGAGCUGCUGAAAUUUCCUUGUUGAUGGCGAAUCUUACGCCGGACUCGCCGGUUUUAGGACGGAUUUUCGCUUGACCUGCUUAGCCGGUUGGCAUCUCAACGAGAAUGGAUCACAAACUGCUUCUUCUAUUCUCGAUUUUCACUUUCGUCCUUUUCUACAACCCUACCAAUAGUAAUGCUGUGCAGCUGAACACCCUGAAUAUUGACUCUAUUCUUGCCACAAAUGAGUUGGUCAUGGUCAACUUUUACGCCGACUGGUGUCGCUUCAGCAACCUGCUGGCGCCCAUUUGGGAUGAGGCAGCAACCCUGAUUGCUAAGUCGUUCCCUAUCCCAGGGAAGGUUGUCCUCGCCAAGGUGGACUGUGACGCCGAAGGAGGAAUCGCCACUCGUUACCACAUCACAAAGUACCCAACGCUGAAAAUCUUCCGCAACGGCCAAGUCACAAAAAAGGAGUACCGAGGUCAGAGGUCGGCCGAAGCCAUGCUCGCCUUUGUCAAGAAGCAGAUGGAGGACCCGGUGAAGGAGUUCAAAACUGGAGAUAAGAUUGAACCAGCUGCUAGGGCGGUCAUUGGAGUUUUUGCUUCUCGUUUGACUCCUGAGUAUGACACUUACAGAAAAGCAGCCACUUCUCUUAAGGACGACUGUUCCUUCUACUUCAAAGUGGAGGCUCUGGACCAUAAUUUAGAGGCUAAAGGAGUUUUGACGGAAGCUGCCCUUAGCGAUGUUCCCCCGCCAAGCAUAGAAUUUGUCAGCAACAAUGAACACAUUCCCUACUCCGGCGACUUCACCAUGUCUGCUAUGACCCAGUUCCUGCAACCACUCUGCAUUCCUCUUGUCCGUGAAAUCACCUUCGAGAAUGCGGAAGAGCUUUCCGAGGAAGGCCUUCCUUUCCUCAUCCUGUUCCACCGCCCGUCUGAUUCGAAGUCCAAGCAGGAGUUCUCCAACUUGGUCAACAGAGAGCUCCGAGAGGAAAAACAGAACGUGAAUUUCCUGACGGCCGACGGUGAGAAAUUCUCCCACCCCCUGCACCACCUGGGCAAAUCGGAUAAAGACCUCCCUCUGCUUGCUAUUGACUCGUUCCGCCACAUGUACUUGUUCCCCAAGUACGAAGACUCGCUGGUCCCUGGCAAAGUGCUCCAGUUCUUGAAGGACUUGUACUCGGGCAAACUUCAUCGCGAGUUCCACUAUGGACCCGACGCAACUCAGCAAGCGGCAAUCGACGGAAGCAACUCUCAGCCUGUCAUCAUCACGGCGCCCCCCGAGUCGACGUUCAAGAAACUGGCCCCCUCCAGAAACAGAUACACGCUCCUCAGAGACGAACUGUGAAUGCCAAAGCUGACAUUAAUUAUUAAAUUGUUUGUAUGAAGAAAAAAUAACAUCACCGCUGAAAGUUUGACUUAGCACAGUUGUUUGCAGUCAAAUCUUGUUAGACCUGUCCUGAUUUUCAUAGUCUUAUGGAAAAAUGUCAAUUUUCUUUGCUGCCCCUCUUUUUAAAAGAAUGAAUGCCUUUUAUUCAAUACAAAAGUGGUGCUUUUCCUCUUUUGCCUAAAUACUUCUUUGCUAUUUUACUUCCUAUAAUUGCGUCCAUUGAGACCCUCUAAGUCAUGGAUUGGAGAGUUCGUAAUUUUAAAUUUAAGAAUAACUUGGGACGAAUUCUGUAUUCAAAACUUAUUUCCGUUCAAAGUUGAAUAAAACAAUGUACAGGUCCUUCUCCGACUUGGGAGGGUCAUUGUUUAAGAAAGUUCUUUAAAAAAAAUCUUUUUCAACUAAUUGAAUGAAUAAAGACAAAACCGUGACAAAGAAUGGAUGCUUUCUUUUUAUGUUUGUUGGAAAUUUUAUUGUUGUCCUUGAGCGAGUGAUGGCGUAACUGAGAGAGUAAUAAUGUGUAAAAAUCAUGAGCAUUCCUCACUAAACGUGGAAAAUUGGGUAUUUGUGAAUUGUUACGAUUGUAACCUGCAGUGUGAUUAAGAGUAAGCGAGUUUACGUGCAUUUGUGUGUAUUUGUUUUGAUCACUCAAGUCAUGCAAUAAAUUUGAGAAAUGCAAA